ACCGUGUUUUCAUCUAAACACGCAAAAACAGGGUUAUUGAAGCUCCAAAAAUAAAUAAAAACAGAGACAGUGUUAAAAUUCCAUUCCAAUUCGAAUGGCAGAGACAGAACAGCAAGAGAAGAAGAUGAUGAAUGGAAAUGGCUGCAAAGUCUCUUGUCAUUCGAAUUCUGAUCCUUCAACACUACCACCAUCGUCUGAUCGCCCUGUUCGUGUUUAUGCUGAUGGGAUCUAUGAUCUCUUCCAUUUUGGCCACGCUCGCUCCCUUGAACAAGCCAAAAAAUCGUUUCCAAACACGUACUUGCUCGUAGGAUGUUGCAAUGAUGAUACCACACACAAGUACAAGGGCAAAACCGUUAUGACAGAGGAUGAACGUUAUGAAUCUCUUCGCCAUUGCAAGUGGGUGGACGAAGUCAUUCCUGAUGCGCCUUGGGUUAUUGAUCAAGAAUUUCUUGACAAGCACAAUAUUGACUAUGUUGCUCACGAUUCUCUACCGUAUGCCGAUGCCAGUGGAGCUGGAAAGGAUGUCUAUGAAUUUGUAAAAAAAGUUGGGAGAUUCAAGGAAACGAAAAGAACUGAUGGCAUUUCUACAUCGGACAUUAUAAUGAGGAUUGUUAAAGACUACAACCAGUAUGUGUUGCGUAACUUGGAUCGAGGAUAUUCAAGAAAAGAGCUUGGUGUUAGCUACGUAAAGGAAAAGCGACUGAGGGUGAACAUGAGAUUGAAAAAACUACAAGAGAAAGUGAAGGAACAACAAGAAAAAGUUGGAGAAAAGAUUCAAAUUGUCACAAUGCAUCGUAAUGAAUGGGUGGAAAAUGCUGAUCGCUUGGUUGCUGGAUUUCUUGAGAUGUUUGAAGAAGGUUGCCAUAAAAUGGGCACUGCCAUUAGGGAUCGAAUUCAAGAGCGAUUGAGAGGGCAGCAAUCAAACAGGCUGCUGGAAAAUGGCAAGGAGAACAGUGAAGAUGAAGAGGAAGAAUAUUAUGAUGAUGAUGAUGAUUAUGAUGAUGAAGAAGAAUAUUUUGACAAUGAAGAAUACUAUGCUGAGACAUAUAACAAAGAUGCAAAAAUUAAGAAUUAGAUUGCCUUUUCCAUGCUUUACAGGUAGUAGGUUCGAUCAGAAAUGUGCCUGGAUGAUUUCUUGUUUUGGGUGCUUCUGUAAAGUUCUGUAUAAUGGUUGUGGCCAGUAACUUUUUUCGCUUGAAUUUGCUUCUAAACUUAUAUGUUUUUGUAAUUCUAUGACUUUUGUAUCAAGGGAGCUUUGUUUCAGUUGAAA